ACCAACCUUGACAUAUUUUCGCCGAUUUUAUGAUUUGGCAGCACUUUUCUCUUCCAUUUUUCUUUCCGUUCUGCAAAUCAGAAUUGUCAAGAUGGCUGAGGUCGAAGAAACUCUUAAAAAGAAGCGUACCUUCAAAAAGUUCACCUACCGUGGUGUGGACCUCGACCAGUUGUUGGAUAUGCCCAACAACCAGUUGGUUGAACUGAUGCACAGCCGUGCACGCAGGCGUUUCUCCCGUGGUCUUAAGCGUAAGCCAAUGGCAUUGAUCAAGAAGCUGCGUAAGGCCAAGAAAGAAGCUCCACCAAAUGAGAAACCCGAAAUUGUCAAAACUCAUUUGAGAAACAUGAUCAUUGUCCCCGAGAUGACUGGUUCCAUCAUCGGUGUUUACAACGGCAAGGACUUCACACAGGUUGAAAUCAAACCCGAAAUGAUUGGUCACUAUUUGGGAGAAUUCUCGCUCACCUACAAACCAGUCAAGCACGGUAGGCCCGGUAUUGGUGCCACCCACAGCUCCAGAUUUAUUCCACUUAAGUAAAUUCAAAAGAAAACGGAAUCAAUACAAACACCUCUCAGCAGUGCAUAUUGCAUUAUGCUGUUAUUAAA